AACGGGAAACACUGACAUCUAGCGGUGGAGCGUGAGACAAGCACUUCCCGUGAAAAAAGAAACGCGGUAAAACGCUAUUCCGGUUUCCAGAAGGACGGCAUGAACAUGGCAUCCAACAGCAACAUGGCUAAUGUGAAUGGACGAGAGAACGGGGAGCCGGUGGUUAAGCGACCACGGGAGAACGUUCCGCCGGAGUCCCCACUGCGUUCUUCGAAGGAGCCUGUGAACAAAGUGACCGUGGUGCUCGGAGCUCAGUGGGGGGACGAAGGCAAAGGGAAAGUUGUGGACCUGCUCGCAAUGGACGCGGAUAUCGUGUGCAGGUGUCAGGGUGGCAACAAUGCUGGUCACACUGUGGUUGUGGACUCGGUGGAGUAUGACUUUCACCUGCUGCCCAGCGGUGUCCUCAACAAGAAGGCAAUCUCCUUCAUAGGCAACGGAGUGGUCGUACAUCUCCCCGGGCUGUUUACAGAGGCAGAAUCCAACCUGAAGAAAGGCAAAGGACUGCAAGGAUGGGAAGAGAGACUAAAGAUUUCCGACCGUGCCCACAUCGUGUUCAACUUCCAUCAAGCUGUCGAUGGCAUCCAGGAGCAGCAGCGGCAGCAGCAAGAAGGGAAAAAUUUGGGAACCACCAAAAAGGGCAUCGGACCCGCCUACUCCUCCAAAGCUGCUCGGAAUGGUCUGCGAGUCUGCGAUCUUGUCUCAGACUUCAAAGUUUUUGAGGACAAGUUUCGCAUGUUGGCAGAGCAUUUCUUGGCCAUGUAUCCCAACCUGAAUGUGGACAUCGAUGGCGAACUGGAGCAGUUGAAGGGGUAUGUGGAGCGACUACGCCCUCUGGUGACAGACGGCGUGUACUUCAUGCACAAAGCACUCACCGGACCCAGCAAGAAAAUCCUCGUGGAGGGAGCCAACGCCGCGCUGCUGGAUAUUGACUUCGGCACGUAUCCCUUUGUCACAUCGUCAAACUGCACCGUGGGAGGAGUGUGCACCGGGCUGGGCGUGCCGCCGUCGCACGUGGGCCGAGUGUACGGCGUGGUCAAGGCGUACACCACCCGGGUGGGCGUCGGCGCUUUCCCCACGGAACAGGACAACGAGACGGGGGCCCUGUUGCAGUCGCGGGGUCGAGAGGUCGGCGUGACGACGGGCCGAAAGCGGCGUUGUGGUUGGCUGGACUUGAUACUGGUCAGAUACGCUCACAUGGUCAACGGCUUCUCGGCCAUUGCACUCACCAAGCUGGACAUUCUGGACACCCUGCCCGAGAUUAAAGUGGGCGUGGCUUACAAGGUUGACGGCGAGCCUCUGCCGAGUUUCCCUGCAAACAUGGACGUUCUGACGCGGGUCACGGUGGAGUACAAGACGUUCCCCGGGUGGUGCCGCACCACCGAGGCGGCCCGCAGCCUGACGGACCUGCCGCCGCAAGCGCAGACCUACAUCCGCUUCAUCGAGGACUUCCUGCAGGUUCCAGUGAAGUGGGUGGGAGUGGGCAAGUCCAGAGAGAGCAUGAUCAAACUGUACUAAGCAGCCGUCUUCCAUGCUCACACGGCCGAGACCACCACGCCCCCGCCCCGCCUCCAUUUCCAAGGACGGAUCCACCAGCACGGAUCUCUGGUGAAACGUCGUCGCUGCUUGUGCCUCGCAGUCACCAAAGUCGCAUUCCAGCUUUUCAACAUUUUAGCCUGUCUGCUUUUAAAAUGGGCUCAUUCCAGUGAAGCACACUUUGCUUUUUUUUCUUUUUUAGAAUUUGGAGCUUAUGAAGCUUUCGGGACAUCUGUAUGCCAUUGAACAUUUCUGCAAAGUCGUUAAAAGAGGCAGCCGUCUUAAUUAGGAGGUCGUCAUGAGAAACAUUUGACCGGCUUUGCCAUGCCGGUGGUAAAGUCAACUAUUUUAAAUCCAUUCCUUCAUUUAGUCUUCAAACAAACACAACAAAAAAUGCGAUGGGGUUUGAUAGGCCGAGUUCAGCCAGACGAGCAAAGAUGUGCGAGUCAUGAACGAACCUUCGCUUGCAUGUCUUUGGAGAAAGAGCAGCACAGCCUUCACACACCCAAUACAGGGGAGGGGGGGGACAUGUUAUUUUUUAGUGGAAAUAUUUACUACGUGAUUCCUGGAAUGAAUGUCAUGCUUUUGGACAUCCUCCACAUAAAAGAAACAACCCAACAGGUUUUACUCCUUUAGUCGGUGCCAAUGACUGCUUUGACUUGCUUUUAUCAAUAAAUUUAAACGUGACAAAGAUGAGCCGAACUUCUCCA